UUAGUAGUAAAACGGUGUUCGUAAAUCAUGUGCUGCUUAAUGACUAUAGCGUUUUAUUUGAUCCUGGCCGGGAUCAUCCUGAAGGCUUACACCAAACUCUCAAUGGGUUGGUGCAGAGCUAACGUGUGCCUGGUCGGAAAAACUGCUUUGGUAACUGGAGGAAAUUCUGGCAUCGGAUACGAAACCGCCCUACACUUGGCAUCCAGAGGAUGCAGAGUCAUAAUAGCCGAUGUCGCUGAUUCUGAAGCUAGCAAGAAGCGAAUUUCUGAAGAAACUGGUAACUGUAACAUCGUCUGCAAAAAGUUCGAUCUUAGUAGUCUGAAGUCCAUCCGCGAGUUUGCCGAAGACAUUACCAAGAGCGAAUCUAGGUUGGACAUCCUGAUCAAUAACGCUGGAGCCGCCGGUUUCGUAGAUACCUACACCGACGAUGGAAUGUUGAAGGGCAUGCAAAUUAAUCAUUUCGGUUCAUUCCUGUUGACUCAUCUCUUAGUUGAUAUCUUAAAGAAAACGCCUAAGAGUCGCGUGAUAUUCGUCAGCUCUUUGAUGUCGUUCCUGAACCAACUGGAGACUGUUGAAGACAUCAACAGACCACCAAAGGUGGAAGACAAGAACAGGCAUACCUUGAUCGAGUACAACAACAGCAAACUUUGUAAUAUAAUCUCGGCCAGAGGAUUCUCUAGGAGACUCUUGAAGCACGAUAUCACCGUGAACGUUGUGCAUCCUGGUGCCGUCUGCACGGCUAUCUUUAGCAUGGCUCGCGGCCGUAUGGGAGGAUCCAGCUGGACAUCACGUAUCGGUCACAUGGUAUCCGACAGUUCAAUUUGGAUGUUCGGAAAAACUGCCGUGGAAGGUGCUCAGACCACGUUGCAUUGCGCAAUCGACAAAUCCGUGAACGGCGUGUCCGGUCAAUUCUUCUCCGACUGCAAAAUUUACUGGAAGGUCCCAGCAAAAGCAGCAGAUGAAUCUUUCUGCGAUGCCGUUUGGGCAGAGAGCGAGAAGCUUGUCAAAUUGACAGCAGAGGAGAAACUGCAAUGAUAAGAUGUAUUAUUAUACAAUAAAUUAUUAUUUUUACAUAA